AUGAUAGACUAAAACUUAAAAGACUAAAUUAUUUAUCAGGUGAAGGAACAGGUCCUUCUUAUUAUGGGAGCAUGUAUAACUUUAAUUUCAACUCCUAUUGUUCUUACUGUUAUGGGAUCUAAUGCUCUAACUUGGCUAGAUCAAAAAUUAUCUUCAACUAAAGAACCUUUAUCAAAGAGAAUUGGUGAAUUUGUCAACUGCAAGACCUAAAAGACUUUUGAAAAAUUAGUUUAAAUAAAAGAGGACUAUUAUUUUGUUAAUUGGAUUAUAUUAACCGGUGUUAUUGUACCAUUAUUCUUUAUAAUAGCAGCAUACCAUUCAUAUUGCUGUGAGUUUAGUAUUUUAUUAUGGGUAGCAUAUCACUCAUUUAGAUUAGGUCCAAAUCAAAUAUUUGCUUCUUACAUUUUUGCUUUAGCUCAUAAAGAAGGUCAUAUGAGUGGCUUAAUCUACAAAAACAAUUUACUUGGUAACAUAUUAGGCAAUGUUUACAAUUGGUAUAUUGGCAUUUUUUAUGGGUUGGUUCCAUAAAGUACUUACUAUGGACACUGCUUAAAUCACCAUAAGUAUGAUAAUCGCCAAGACGAUUUAAUUUCUUGCUCAGACAGAGAAAGAGAUUCUAUGCUCAAUUACCUUCGUUAUAUCCCUAGAUUUUCAGGUUAUUCUACUAAUACUACCACUAUCAUUUAGUUCUAUAAGGAAAAGCACUACGACAUGGUCCUUAAAAUUAUAUAUGGAACUUUAUAUUGGAUUGGAAUUAUACUUGUAUUUGGUUAAAUAUUUGGAUGGAAAUUCUCUAUUGGAUACAUAGUCUACCCUAUGAUAGAAACAAACUUUAUAUUUAGCGGUUUCGCUUGGGGAUGGCAUGCAUUCAUUGAUCCUGAAGAUCCUGAGAACGAGUUUAUUAAUAGUGUAACCAUCGUUGACGGAGAAUUUAAUGAUCUCAACGAAGGUUAUCAUGUUGUCCAUCAUCAAUAUCCUGGUCUCCACUGGUCAAAAAAUAAAGAAUUAUUUGAAAAGCAUAAAGAUGAAUACUAUAAGGGUAACUAGGCCACAAUGUUCAACUCAAUUGAGUCUUAUCAGCUAUUUUUGCUAAUAGUUACAAAAAGAUACGACAUUAUGGCACAAAAGAUGGCCUUUAGAUUAGAAUUAAAUACAGAAUAAAGAAAAGAAUUACUUAAAACAAGGCUAAGGACUAUUACUUGGGGUCCCUAUACUAACACAGUAUAAAAAAGACAUAAAGAUAUUUGA